AUGCCUGGAAACAAUGCUCUCAACGUCAACGGCUUUCAGUCGAACGCGCCAAACGCCGCCUCUACAGUGUACGCAGACAAUGCCAUCACUACCCGCGGUUCGGAUUGGUACUUCACCGUUUGCGCCGUCAUGAUGGUUUCCACUUUCGCCUUCAUGGGUUUGGCCCUCACCAAGCCCCGUCAGCAUCGCAUCUUCCACUACAUCACUGCCUCCAUCACUAUGGUUGCAACGAUCGCCUAUUUCUCCAUGGGCAGCAAUCUUGGCUGGACGCCCAUCCAGGUCGAGUUUCCUCGCGGCCAGGGCUCCAAGGUUGGCGGUCUAGAGCGUGAGAUCUUUUACGUGCGAUACAUUGACUGGGUUAUCACGACACCUCUCUUGUUAAUGGAUCUCCUCCUCACUGCCGCCCUCCCGUGGCCCACCGUCAUGUUCGUCAUCCUCAUCGAUGAGGUCAUGAUCAUUACUGGACUUGUUGGCGCUCUGGUAGUUUCAUCUUACAAGUGGGGCUACUUCGUCUUCGGCUGCGUCGCGUUGUUCUACAUCCUUUACGUCCUUGUCUGGGAGGCGCGCAAGCACGCCAACGCUAUGGGCAAGGAUGUUGGCAAAGCUUUCCUCUACUGCGGAUCGCUCACAGCACUUCUUUGGACACUCUACCCCAUCGCCUGGGGCUUGUGCGAGGGUGGCAACUUGAUCACCUCCGAUUCCGAGGCUAUCUUUUACGGUAUCCUCGAUCUCCUCGCCAAGCCGGUGUUUGGUGCUCUCCUCAUCUGGGGCCACAAGGGAAUUGACCCAGCUCGUCUUGGUCUUCACAUCCACGACUACGAUGAGAAGGACAUGGCCAUCAACAACAACAAGCCUGGCCACCACAACGGCAACCCCGCCGUUGCUGAUGAGCCUGUAGCUACCGUUUAA